UUGGUAGUAUGUAAACAUGGGAUGUUGAUGUGUGACAGCAUUCUUAGAGUUUGGAUUCUGUAUCGCAACAGCUGUCUGUUAUUGUAAGCUGCUGUUUGCGAUGUAACCACGUUUAGUGCUCGAAUAACACUGUGAUGCUUGUGUAAAUACAAAGAAAAUAGUGUGGUACAAAAUGCGAGCAACGCUCAAGAAUAGGAUUUGCGAAGAUAAGAUAAUUCAUGAAGAGGUUGUGACUUAUCAGCAGAAUUAGGUCGUAUUGCUACUUUGUAGAGUAUGUCAGUGCUUAUUGGGAGACAUUAUUAUCACUGAAUGACAUAAAUACAGGAGUAUUAGGGAGAUGGAUGUGAGCCAAGAAUUUUCACAAAAUCUCAGCCACAAGAAACAGAAUGUAGGCUGUGAAAUAACAACGAAAUCAGUAGACAGCGGAGAUAGCUCAGUUAACCAUGGUUCAACAAAAAUGAGAUGGUCUCCAAGAUCUUGGCAAGAUGGUACUCGUAAAAGUGCUUUCCAGCCGUACAAGCCCACUACAGUGCUGACAAACUUGCAACGAGGGAACAUCCCAACUGAAACGCCAGUGACGGAACAAGUUGAUCUCGGUUUUCAUCACCGAGCAGGACUUGGAGAAAUAAAUGAAGCCGAUAUACGACAAGAAGCAGAUGUGGAUGCUGCAGAUACAAAUGGUCUAACAGCCCUGAUGUGGGCAAGUUCUUAUGGCCAAGUGCCAACUGUGCAGUUACUACUGCAGCAUGGAGCAAGUGUCAACAAGCAAGGGCCUGAGGGUGAGACAGCACUGCUGUUGGCAGCAGCUGGUGGACAUCAUGAUGUUGUGCGAAUCCUGCUGACAGAAGGAGCAUCUGUUAAUCAUGCUGAUGAUGUUGGAAAUACUGCCCUGAUAUAUGCAGCUCAUGGCGAUCAUCCUCAUUGCACAAAUGAACUUCUUAUAAGGGGUGCUGAUCUCACUAUCAUGAAUCUGAAUGACGAUACAGCAUAUGGCGUUGCAGUUUCUGAAGGCAGCAAGCUUGCACAGCAGGUGAUUGAAAACCAUAUAUUGACACUACUCAACUGAGUAGUCAUGCUGUUGGGCCAGUGGGAAGCAGUUUCUGUGGUUUUUUAGUACAAAUUAUGUGUACAAAGUACCUUAGUGUGUUGAAAGCAUAUUUUUAUGUUGUUUGAACUUUUAAUUCUGUAUAGUUUAAUUAUGUUGGCUAUCAUGUGAAGUAAUAUAUCUUUCUAGACACCUGUAGAAGAUACAGUGAAAGUACCUGUAACUUUCCAUGAAACUGCUUGGAAAGCAAAGUUGUAAAAACAUAUGAAACUGUUGUUUUUCAAUAAAAUAUCAUUUAUAUCCUGUGA